GGUGAGAACUACAGCUCCCAGAGCGCCCCGCGGCGGGAGGACGGCGCCUUGUCUUUGUUGCCUCAGCUGCAGUGAGGUGAGGUGAAGUGAGGCGGCGGGAGAGAGGAGGGCCCUGGCCGACGUUUCACUUGUGCGCACGAGCAGGUUGACGGGCUUGGUUCUCCAGUACUCGAGUGAGAGAGAGAGGCGCGCAGUGUUACUGCCAUGAAAUGCCAGGCUCCUGCCGCUCCAUCACUGCCAGCAGAGUCUGCUCGUGGUACCGUCUGCAGGGCUUCCGUCUGACAUGAGGCAGCCGAGCCCGUGCGGCGACCCGCGGAGUGGGUGGUGAUGCGCGGUGAGUCCUGGCUUGCCGUGCGAUGAGGAAGCGGCUGCUGCAGAUGUGCGGCACCAUGCGCCUGAUGCUGCGUUGCUGCGGGCUGGGGCGCAGGCGGAGGUCCCGGCUCCUGCACCGUGCUGCCACGUACUGGACUUACUCCAAGCUGUGCGCCAACUCCCUGCUCUACAACUCCUUCACCAACAGCGACGUGCUCCUCGACUCCCUCUUCGAACCCAUUUACUGGCUGGUGGACCAUGUAACCCGCUGGUUUGGCGUGGUGUUUGUGGUCCUGGUGAUCGUCCUGACAGCCACCAUCGUGCUGAUUGUGUACGUGUGCAUGCUGCCCGUUAUCGUCAGCACCUACCCGGCCGGCUGGGUGGCCUGGCACCUCUGCUACGGCCACUGGAACCUGGUGCAGAUCAUCUUCCACUACUACAAGGCCGUGCGCACGCUGCCCGGGCAGCCAACACAGGGUAAAAGCGACAUUCCGAUGGUCUCUAUCUGCAGGAAGUGUAUUAAUCCCAAGCCACCUCGAGCCCAUCACUGCAGCAUCUGUAACCGAUGUAUCUUGAAGAUGGAUCAUCAUUGUCCCUGGCUGAAUAACUGCGUUGGUCACUACAAUCACCGCUACUUCUUCUCCUUCUGCCUGUUUAUGACGCUGGGCUGCAUCUACUGCAGCGUGAGCAGCAGGGAGAUGUUUGUGGACGCCUACCUCACCAUCAACCUCGGUGGCUCUGGCCCUCUGCGGCCUCACUCUGUGGCACAUGGUACUUAUCAUGUGUGGGGAAACCAGUAUCGAGAGGCACAUCAACAAGAAGGAACGGCAGAGACAGCAGCAGAAGGGCCGGGUUUUCCGAAAUCCAUUUCACGCGGGAAAACUGAACAACUUGAAAAUAUUUCUGGGAAUAGAGAAAUGGAGCCACUAUGUCACUCGUUUGCUGCUCCCAUCCUCACACCUUCCUUACGGAGAUGGAAUGGUGUGGACACUCCCGGCACCCUUCACUGUGGACAAGACAAUCUUGGCGAUUUGAUGAGGGGGGGGGGGGGGGGGGGGGGAGGGGGGGAAGCAGAAGCAAUGGAGCAGAUAUCUUUGUUCAGUAGGAAGAGGACGUGUGAAAUGCAGGGACUGAGGACUUAACCCGCUCUCCAGCGAAGGGGGGAAAAGGAACCCUGGAACAGAAACCGAUCCAGUGACUGCUCACUGCUCCUCGCGUUCAAAGGGAAUAGUUAUACGCUCAGCAAAGCAUAAAAGGCCACAGCAGCUGAACAUUACUCACACCAUGAAGCUGUGCUUCACAGGACGGGAGUCAGCAGGGAGUUUUGCUUGCUUUUAUACCCGCCAACGUUUAUGUACAGACUAAUCGAGAGCCAACGUCACAAAUAGCUAUAACCUCCCACAGGUGUAAUAAAUGACUUCCUUUCCUCAAGAUGCUGUCAAAUGGAAGUGAGAAGGUGAGGUUGUGCUGGGAGGAGUUCCUCGUAAUCACUGGGAUUUAACUUGCUAGGUGCAGUAGGGAAAUAAGGACCAAAACCCCUCUCACCAUUCAUACAGUUGGGGGGGAGGGGGCUAGAGAGAAAUCUAUUUCACUUUGCUGAAUAGAGUUCCUGCGACUGGAGAGGCAGAUGCUGCUUUACAA